GGAGCAGGUUUAGCUGUGGAGGCGUCGUCCCGUCACACGUUGCCUAGUCUGAAACAGUCUGAUGAAUCUGUGUUGACAUCUCUGGCCACCAGAUCUGUGCAGCAAGGAGUGUUCUUGAGUUGGAAUGACUGGCCACAAGGAAUUCAUUUACGGCACUGAUGACUUGAUGUUGUUUCACACCUUAGAUAAAUAAAGUGCUGUUUCUACAAUAUUGCCAAAAAAUAUUAGCAGAUUUUUGCUGCAUUUCACUCUUGCAUUGUGUAAUUAUCUGAAUGACAGAUGAUUUGGAUAUGCAGGUGAAUACCACGAAAUUCAUGCUGCUCUAUGCCUGGUAUUCUUGGCCCAAUGUAGUUUUGUGUUUCUUUGGUGGCUUUUUGAUAGACCGAGUGUUUGGAAUACGAUGGGGCACCAUUAUUUUUAGCUGCUUUGUUUGCAUUGGGCAGGUGGUGUUUGCCCUGGGUGGAAUCUUUAAUGCCUUUUGGCUGAUGGAAUUUGGAAGAUUUGUGUUUGGGAUUGGUGGGGAGUCCUUAGCAGUUGCCCAGAAUACAUAUGCUGUGAGUUGGUUUAAAGGCAAAGAAUUAAACUUGGUAUUUGGACUCCAGCUUAGCAUGGCUAGAAUUGGCAGUACCGUGAACAUGAACCUUAUGGGAUGGCUGUACUCUCAAGUUGAAGCUUUGCUGGGUUCUGCUGGUCCCACAACCCUUGGGGUCACACUUAUAAUCGGGGGUAUAACAUGUAUCCUUUCCCUAAUCUGUGCCUUGGUCCUUGCUUACUUGGAUCAGAGAGCAGAAAGAAUCCUUCAUAAAGAACAAGGAAAAACAGGUGAAGUUAUUAAGUUAACUGAUGUGAAGGACUUCUCCUUACCCCUGUGGCUCAUAUUUAUCAUCUGCGUCUCCUAUUACGUUGCCGUGUUCCCUUUCAUUGGGCUUGGGAAAGUUUUCUUUAUAGAGAAGUUUGGAUUUUCAUCUGAGGCAGCAAGUGCGAUUAACAGUGUUGUCUAUGUCAUAUCAGCUCCCAUGUCCCCAGUAUUUGGGCUCCUGGUGGAUAAAACAGGAAGGAACAUUGUUUGGGUCCUGUGUGCAGUGGCAGCCACUCUUGCUUCCCACAUGAUGCUGGCCUUGACGCUGUGGAACCCUUGGAUUGCUAUGUGUCUGCUGGGAAUCUCUUAUUCAUUACUUGCCUGUGCGUUGUGGCCAAUGGUGGCAUUUGUAGUUCCUGAACAUCAGCUGGGAACUGCAUAUGGCUUCAUGCAGUCCAUUCAGAAUCUUGGGUUGGCCAUCAUUUCCAUCAUUGCUGGCAUGAUAUUGGAUACUCGGGGUUAUUUGUUUCUAGAAGUUUUCUUCAUCGCCUGUGUUUCUUUGUCACUUUUGUCUGUGGUCUUGCUCUAUGUGGUGAAUCGUGCCCAAGGUGGGAACCUAAAUUAUUCUGCAAGACAAAGGGAAGAAAUAAAACUUUCCCAUACUGAAUGAGACGUUUAAAUGACUGUGUCGUGAGAAUGGGCUGCACACAUCAUUGAUUUAAAAACCUCCAUUUUAAAAUUUUAUUUAGAGUUUAGUCAUUAAGAAAAAUAAUGGUCUGGAAAGUUGUUACAUUUAUAUUUCAAAGGCGUCUAUUUCAGAGCGUAUGCCUGUGUCUUUUGCAUUGUGUAUUGCUGAAGAAUUCUACUUUGGAGGAGACUAGUCAACAGUGGAGUUGAGAAAAUUGCUCUGAAACGUGCAGGUAGACUUCAGGAAGGACAGUAAAUAAAGACAGGAGAACAUGGGAUCUUGAAUUGAGAUAGUUUUCACAAAGUAUAUCUUAGGCAGAUGGUCUUUCCUUUUUCUUAAAGCAAAAAAACAAAAACCCUUUGAGAGGAUAGAAGGGAUGUUUUGUACAGAAUGAACAGUGGCAUUUUAAUAGGCAUUCCCUUUUGUAGUAGGGAAUAUUUGAAAGAUAUUUUUAUGAAGGCUCUUCAUUUUCACAAUUAGCAGAUGGUGUUGUGCUCCUCUUAGUUCCGAGAGGUUGCUGGGCAGGGACCCUUGUGAGCCACUUUCUCUCUCUGGUUUUGAGGACCCUAAUCACUUAGGGAUGUAAUUUUGUGGUACAAACUUUUUGUAUGGUUUUUUUCUUAUAGUCUAAUUAAUUACAAAAACUUGUCCUGUAACUUAGGAUGAUUGCAUAUCUUCAUGGAUAAAUAAAAACACUGCAAAAGGA